AUGCCAGCCAAUUUUAAGACCUACGAGUCACAGGCCAGACUGGUGGCUGCGAUUGUCGCCGCUCAUCCCGAGCUACGGCUCAACUACAAAGCCAUCGCCGCACACUAUGGCAAAUCGCAGACUGUCUCGGCAAUGGAGCACCGCUUCAGGCCAGUACGCCAUCAAGCGGAAGCAAUUCGCCAAAUGGUCGAGCAGAAAAUCGACCCCGAGUCGGUCAACAUUCUCGACAUGCCCAAAAAUGAUAUCGCCAAGUUCUUCGGCGAGUCGACUCCGGAUGGCAUUCAAUUUCACUUUCGCAGCGUAAAGGUGAACGCAGACAAACUGAAGUCUGCUGUCGAGACCGGUGGCGACCCGGUCGCGUCCUUUGGUCAGGUCAAUCUCCCGACCACUCCUGGAUCGCGUAAACGGGCAAGAGCUCCCGCUGCCGCCCCCAAGUCGAACAUUGUCAAGAAAAUGACUCCAGGCAGUGUCUCUCGUCGAAACACUCCGAAGAAGAAUUACAGGGAGCCGACAGAUAAGGACGAGGAUUCUGAGUCAUUCGACUAUGAAGGACUCGACGAGGACACGCCGACCAAGAAACGCAUGAAGGAAAUGCCCAUGAAAAUAACGACGGCACAGUCGAGAGAUGAGAUUUUGGCCGAGCGCCGCGCCAAGGCCAAGGAGGCUGCGAACAACACCGUGCAGGCGUCAUUCUCGUCUGCCGUGAACCGAUCGGGAACUGUGACUGCCACGAGCGUGGGCAGCCCCUCUGACAUCGAAAUCUUGACCCCCGAUGCCGUCGCCGAGUACCAGCAGCAGCGACACUACCGCGCCCCUGUGUCCGCCGUCCAUGAGGCCAUAACCAAUCUGAAAAAGGAAGCCAAUCAGCAGUCGUCAAUGGAGAAUAUCGCCCCUUACGUGGGUGGCAAUAACCCCUUUAAUGGCAUUGACAUCACGGGCCAGAGCGCCCACUCACUCUUUGGUGGUGAUAUGGACGACUUCGACUGCAUCUGA